AAAGGACAGCAGAGAAAAAAACAAAUCCUCAUCUCAAAGCGACACAACUGCUCUCACCGUGAACCACAAGGGUUUGUUUUUUCCUCUCUUUACGAGCCUCCAGGUGUCUCUGAAGCUGCCGACUGCUUUUCAUCUGUGGAAACUGUAUCUCUGUGGAAAUUGUUGGUGGAAAAAAGAUGAGUGACUCACUGGAGACGACGACAGACUGUCCAGUGUCACCACUCACAGAUGGGUCCAGUCUGACAGAUGAGAAAGAGAAGCCAGGAGAUGCAAGUGAACUAUGCUGGCAAGAUGGUGGCCUAGCUGUGGAGCUGCAGAGAGGGAUGGAAACCCUAAGGGUGAACAGAGAGCUGACAGAUGUGACCAUCUGUGUUCAAGGGCAAGACUUCCCCUGCCACAGGGCCAUUCUGGCUGCUGCCAGCCAGUACUUCAGGGCCAUGUUUUGCAGUGGACUCAAGGAGACUCACGAGGAGCGUGUGGAGAUAAAAGGCUUGGACAGCGGGACCAUGUGCUCUCUCUUGGAGUACACCUACACCAGCCGAGCCUUCCUCACACCCUCAAAUGUCCAGAGAAUACUCGAAGCAGCCAGCCAGUUUCAGUUCCUCCGUGUGGUAGAAGCAUGUGCAAGCUUUUUGAGCAACUCUAUUCAUCUAGAGACCUGUAUAGGGAUCCUAAAUCUGGCCGACAGCCAUGCUCUGCCCACCCUAAGGUCCAUAGCCCAGGACUUCAUCACUUCUCAGUUCUCUCAGGUGGCCCAGCAGCAGGACUUCCUCGAGGUGCCAGGCAAGUCUUUGGAGGCCAUCCUGCAGAGGGAUGAUCUCGAUGUAAAGUGUGAGGAGUUUGUAUUUGAAGCUCUGAUGCGCUGGGUGAGAGCCCAGAUAGAUGAACGCUAUCCAUUACUGGCCAGCUUGCUUUCACAUGUGCGGUUGCCAUUGUUGGAGCCGUCAUACUUUGUGGAAAAAGUGGAGUCAGAUGAGCUGAUACGCCGCUGCACUGAGGCUUUCUAUUUGCUGCAAGAGGCCCGCAUGUAUCACCUUUCCGGUAGAGAGGUGGUCUCAGAGCGAACCAAACCACGUGUCCAGCACUUUCUGUCGGAAGUUUUUUUGAUCGUUGGAGGAUGUACCAAAGAUGAACGCUUUAUUUCCACUGUCACAUGCUUGGACCCUCUGCGACGCAGCCGGCUGGAGGUGGCCCGCUUGCCAAUGACAGAGAUGGAAGAUGAGUCCCAAAACAGGAAAUGGGUGGAGUUUUCUUGCAUCACUUUCCACAAUGAAGUUUACAUAUCAGGUGGUAAGGAGACCCAACACGAUGUUUGGAAAUAUAACGGCGCCCUGGACAAGUGGAUCCAAAUCGAGUCGCUGUCAAAUGGACGUUGGAGACACAAAAUGGCAGUUCAUGGCGGAAAAGUUUAUGCGCUUGGUGGUUUUGAUGGGGUUCAGAGACUUGCUAGUGUGGAAGCCUAUGAUCCUUUUCACAAUCGCUGGACACAGGUGACACCUCUUGCAGUGGGCGUCAGCUCCUUUGCUGCAGCAAGCUUUGACAGAUGGAUCUAUGUGAUUGGUGGCGGCCCUAAUGGAAAAUUAUCCACGGAUAAAGUUCAGUGCUGGGAACCAGGGACAGACAGCUGGGAACUGCGAGCACCCAUCCCUAUUGAAACCAAAUGCACCAAUGCUGUUGCAUUCAAGAACUGCAUCUACGUAGUUGGUGGUGCCAUGCACGCCAUGUACUGCUACUCACCUCUGUCCGACUCCUGGUCCCUUGUGACCCGUCUGGGGGAGAGGGCAAGUUGCGCCAUCGCGGCGUGCAACAACAAACUUUUUAUCACAGGGGGAAGGGAUAACAAGAACCAAGUGAUCUCCACGGUGAUGUGCUGGGACGUGGAUCGAUGGGUGUUGACAGAGGAGUGUGUCUUACCGAUGGGGGUGUCCCACCACGGCAGCGUGACACUCAUGAAGUCUUACACUCACAUUCAAAGAGUCAUACCUCCGUCACAGUUCCAGUGACACAAACUUCUUUGAAUCAGACUUUAUUUUUGCUGCAGCAAGCAACACAUUGGAGUGAUGCAGGAAUACUGUAUGUUUUACAUUCACUUGCCACUUUACAAUAAGCUACCACUGUGUUUAUACUAAUGUAAGCAGCCAAACUUUAACAUUAUUUUCUUGAGCUCUAUUAUUUGAAAAAAAAUUGUUUUUAUUAUUUUUUCAUUAUUUUGUGUUCUCUGAGGCAUAAAACAUGUGUAAAUGUAUGUAUUUAUCAAACUUCAGCGGUAAAGAUGAAUCUUAACAAACUGAAUAUAGUUAAAAAGCAAUUUAUUUGCACAGUUCAAUUCAAAAGGCAAAUUUUACUUUUAUCUGAAGAUGUCUUUGAACCACUUCUUUUUCUCCUUUAACUGUUGACUCUGCACCUUCUUCUACUACAGUUUUCCUUCUACUUAACUUUCCAUUAAUUUGCUUGGAUACAGAACUCUGAAGAGCCAGCUUCUUUUACAAUUACCUUUUGUUGCUUAGCCAUUGACUGUCUGUUGGACAUCUGUCAAUUCAGUUUUUCCCAUGAUUGUGUAAGCCAAGGGUUAGCCUCCUUUAGUAUCUAAAGAGCUUUUUUGCCCAUAGUUUGCCCUAUUAAAUUUAAAUUUUUCCAUUAUAUUCUAAUUUAUUGAGAUGCACAUGUAUGUUCCCAAAAAUGUUGCUUAAAGUAAAACAUUACUCAACUCAUCCACAACAGAUAUGAUGUUACACUCCAAAAACGUUACUGUGGAGAGAACCAUUAAAUUAACAGAAGAGGUGUUGCUUUAGGUGCUUUAAAAAGCAAAACAGUUGUGUUUUGUCUGGAAAUCAAACAUUGUUCUGCAGAUGGCAUUUUUCUGGCUUUUGUUUUCUCUAAAUCUUAUCUUUCCACGCAAACAUUCAGCAUUCCAAGGACAAACACUGUCAAGCCAGAAAACAGCCGGCCGGUUAAAUCCUGCGCUUUCAAAUUAACUCAACCUCCUCUUUUUUUAUUUCCAACAAAAAUGCAUAUUUUAAAUUUUGUUAACGAUUUAAAAUAGUUUAAAAAAAAAAUCUUCUAAUAGGCAUGUUCAUUUAAAAAAAAAAAUGUUCCUCCCAAAAUCUACUCUGACAAAGUUUUUAUGGUUUCAGUAACAUAUUUGCUCUAUUUCCGGUGUAAAGCAGACCGGAAGCUCAGGUGUGACAGGUACAUUUGUAGUGAACCGAAAUCCGUAAUUUGGCAGGUGGUUUCGUACAUAUGCUGGUAUUUUAAUUUAACUUGGUUUUAAGCUUUAAGCUUGAAGCUCGUCCACAAGGGUUUAAAGUAAUAUGUUCGAGGUUUUACGUAUCUAUGCCUACCUAAGGAGCAAAGUGAAAGUUAAUUGUGCCUUCGAAUCAAACUCCACCUAAAAUUUCAGUGUCCCAGUAAUGGCUCUUCGGUGCUUCCUCGUCUGCUUAACUGUUAACUACUAUCUGGGUAAGUUUUACUUUAUAUGGAAAAGACUUUUACAACUGUCUUGAACAUUUCCGUGAGCCUGUAGUCAAUCGCACAGAUUUCUGCGCCCGAACAGAUCAACAACCAGGACAACUCGCAGGCUAUUUACAUGUUCGCUCACGGAUUAGUUUUGCAUGCUUCAUUGGUGUGUUUUCUGUGGUUAGCUGACCUGCUAGGAAUUUAUUUUAAGUUCAUAACCUCAUACAUUUUAUCAUGUUUGCUUAUUAUUUGUGAGUGGCGUCUGUAUAGCAAUCAUCAGCCCAAGGAACUCAGUACAGGCCAGGGAUAGAGUUGUUAAGGGGUUUAAUGCAGGAUGAGAUUAUAAAAUUAUAUCGCAAGCUUUGAACUGAGCAAUGUUCAAUCCAUUGUCUGAAAGUGAUCAGAUUACUGCAAAACCUACCAAGACAUGGCGUUCCACCUAAAAUUACAGGUCAUAGAAAGUCACAUUAAAUCCUAGCUGCACUUUUCAACAGGCCAUGUAGGGGGCACUGCAAACAUGUGGAGAAAUCUGUUCAGGUCAGGUGGGUAUAAAAUGUAACUUUUUGACCUACAUGCAAAACAGUGUGUGGUGGAAAACCACACCACUUGGACACACCUUUGGUCAAACAUGGUGGUGAAAGCAUCACGCUGUGGGGAUACUUUCCUCAGCGUGGAGCUUGUCAGAGGUUGUGGGAAGAUGGGUGUUGCAGGUUGCAAAAGACUUACAACUGGGGUGGAGGUACACCUUGCAAGAGAAAAAUGACACUAAAUAUACAGCAAGAGAAAAUAUUUGGCUCAUUCUGACACAUGGUUUGAUCUAAACUACUAGUCCAAUUUGAAAUCUGAUGAAAAUUUCUGUUCACAGACUUUGUCUGUGUACUUCAAUCUGCCAGGGCUUAAGCUCUUUUGAAAAUAAGAAUGAGAAAAAAAAAUCAGUGUCUAGAUGGACAAGGCUGGUACAGCAGUACACCCAAAAGACUUGCAUCUGCAAUUGCGGUAAAAAUUGGUUCUGCUAAUGAUUGAUUCAGGGGUUCUGUUUACAGAUGCAGCUGCCACUUUUCCAAUAUUUUGUAAACAAAGUUGAAAAAUGUGUUCGUUUCUUUGCACUUCUUUUAUUUUGAGUAGGUCUAUGGCAUAUAAUCCUAACAAAAUACAGUGAAGUUUGUGGUUGCAACAGGACAAAAUGUGAAAACAAUGAAGGGGUAAAAGGCUUUUUUUUUUUUGAUGUCUCUCAAUUCUCAACUUCUCAAUCUGUUACUGUCAAAAUAAGCAGCUUGUAUCUUGAUCAGGUCUGAACUGAAAAAGUCCUGACAUGUCAAAACAUUAGGUAUACGUUCCAGUAGUUUGAUGUCUUUGGGAUUUAUUUACGAAGAGGUGACCAACUGUAAAAAGUUGAAUUUGUAUGUUCUUUCCAUACAUUAAUGUUGUCUGUGUAAUAAAUGGAGGUUUUUCUAUUGAUCAUGUGGUUCUUUGUUAGUUCUAACAGACUCUUGCGGAGAAAAUGCAUUAAAAACAAAAACAAAGCUAUGUCUGAGGGUUAUAUGCAAAAAAACACUUAAAUAGAUUACUGAAGAAUUUAAUGUUUUUUAUUGGUUAACCAGGCUUUUAUUUUUUUGCAACAAGUGUAUGUUUUACUUUUAUAUGUGCAUUUUAAUUAGUAGUUUAAUUAUCCAGAAUUAAAGUUUGGAUAGAAUCCAUAGAUCUGAAUUUGGUCCAAGUAUUUAGUUCUAACUCACUUUUCCUUAAACAUUGUGAUUUUGUCCUGGUGUUGAAUAAGCAAGGAUGAAUAAACCACAUUGGCCCAGUCAGAUAUAAUGCUGUGAUUUUGUGCAAAGAUGUUCAGUUGAACAGAUGCUUACAAGAUUAUUAUUGUUACAUAAUACUUCUGCUGUUGGCUCUUUGGAUUUAUUGGGAUGUAAAAUGUUGGUAAAAUGGUUUUUAUCGACGUCUGUUAGUGAUUAGAGUGCCUAGCACAGCUAGCAUUGCUAACUAUAAUAGCAGGCUUUAUGUGUUUUCUAAAUUGUAAAUAUUUUUGUUUAUGCAGUCCAUGUAGUGGUGUGAUUAAAAGUUUUAACUCUGA